AUGGACGGCCGCAAGUACUGUUUGACCCAGAUAUCUACCGAGCCCAUCAAUGCCAUCGCAAAUAUUAGUGGCUGCCUACAGGGAUCCUGCCUGACUGCCCGGAGCCUGCUGGAACUCCCAGAGCGCAUUGACCAGCGGCGAAGUCGGAUUUACUCCGCAAAGCUCACCUUUGAUGGUCCUGAAUAUGAUUUCCCAGAGCAGUGUUGCAUUAAGAUUGCCUAUGGCGACCAGGAAUACAGGGACCUUGACAGGGAAUACGACUACUACUCACUGGAGCUGCAGUCCCUGGGUGGCAUUGCCGUGCCGCGCUGUUACGGGUUCUUCGGCGCCGAGAUCGAGGGCGUAUUGGUCGGAUGCCUUGUGAUGGAUCUGUGCAUCGGGACAGACGUGAUCCUGCCAGACUACGCAGAGUUCAAGCGUCGUAUCAUGAUGGCGAUCUGCAAGCUGCAUAGCGUUGGUAUCGAGCAUGGCAAUCUGUUCGCCGACUAUCGCCACUACGUGAUGAAUUCUUGGUCGGUGCUCAUCGUAGACUUCUCAGCGGCCAGAAGACACAACUGUCCCGGGCUGCAAAGCGUGGGAGGCUGCGACGAGCUGAUCCAGGCCGAACGACUGUUUGGCGAUAACAAGUUUGGAGUACUGUCCACAUUCCCUCGCACUUGGUAUGUUUGA